CCACCUCACUGGUUCCCUCCGAACCCGUUGAGCGCUCUAGUGGCCCACCGCCCGAGGCCACAACCCCCUCUUUCUCCACAUCGAGUCUAGGUGUCACAUUCCCCACAUUUUCCAAUUUUUCUAGGACACCUACACCUUUCACAGCACAUACAGGUGCACACACCCUGGAUUCAACGACCGGAGUGCAAACAAGGAUGGUCGGAAGCCCUGCUGUGCCAAAAAUGACUUCAUCUUUGCACGCAGGCCACACAUCUGCUCUCUUCACUGAUGCUGUGACAACAGUUACAACCCCCGUAACUGGAAACCUUACACCCGAAGACGUUACCGUUCUCAUGAACCGCUACAUGGAGUCCACCAUCAAACCAUGGGUGCAACAAGCAUUCACCGCUUGGGCACAGGACUCCAAACCAACCCCAGCGGUUCAUAGUGAACAGAGCCACCCCAAACCCCACUCUUCACCCUCUCAAUCCAUUCCACAACCCACUCCUGCCAUCCCUCUCCCAUCCACCACACCUUUUAUCCCUUCACUCUCUCGGGGAACCCACGAUACGGAACUGGUAUCGCCCUCUGCCUCGACCAAUCCCUACCACCUAUCCCGCCUUGAGCUUGCCGAUCUCCUGUUUCUUCGGUUGCUGGAGGUCGACACUUGCCACCUUUCACCCUUUGAACGCGACCUUCUCCAAAUUUUCCUCAAACAUGACCGCCCUCAGUACGGCACUUGCCGUGACAGUCCCCGAGGCCUCAAACGUUCCCAUGAGGAUCCCGAUGAUUCGGAACCUCAUGAGGGGGAGAACAAGAGGCCUCGGACACUUGAGCAAGCAGCCUCUACCAGCCAUGAACCCCAGCCAAACACCUCAUCAAACCAGCCCACCAACCAACCACCACCUUCCUCGAGCCACAACCAAGCCCAACUCUCUAGCCUGGUCGAGCUAGACGAAACAUCCCGAGGCUUAUCUCCAAGAGAUACUGUCCGAGGAGGGGAUGGAAGUCCUGUAGUGGUUACCUCUGGGACAUCACAAAGUUCAGGCCAUCGAUCAGAACACAGUUCGAAAUCGAUGACAACAUCCCGAGGCGUGUCUCCAAAGGAUACCGUCCGAGGAGGGGAUGGAAGUCCUGACAAUGCUAUAUCUGACUCAUCUGUCAAGUCAGGCCAUCAGCCAGAACUCAGUUCUAACCUGAUGACAACGGGCAAUCCUAGUGAACCCGGUUGUGACUCACGAGAAAAAUCACCACAGCUGAGAGUCCCCUAUAUUCCCCAAGGCAAAGAUAUCCACGAUGCACUCGAGGAUGCUGUGGUACAUGACGUUUGGCCAAGAAAAUGGACAGAGUGGGAUGAUCUUAGAAGCGAAGCCGAGUCAGAGGAUAUGCAGCGAAAUUGGUGGUUGAGAGAAUUACUGGCCAAAUGCGCAGAAGACAUCAUACGCCUUGAUGAAGAGGAACUCAAGGAAGGGGAGGACUACAAAAAGAUACCCAGGGAGCUAGAAUCCGUCAUCAGACAAACGGCAAGCAAGUUGCCCCCAAAAGAAAAACUCUGGGAAAACAUCAGAAUAAAUGCUCCCUUCCAAGAGGAAAUCAGAAAGGGAAUUUGGAGAACCGCAGACAAGCUCAAACAGCUAGAUGAACUAAAGAUCCGUGGUUUGACUCACCUCAAAGGAAAAAUGGCUGGCGGACAUCUUCACAUGCUGAUGCACAGAUCAUAUGGAAAGCAACGUCAAGUCCUGGAGAGAGAUAUGAAGUCCAGUACCCAUCCUAUUGACGCUAUCCUUGAUAUACACAGAGAAGAUCAUCACACCAUCCCGUUCUACAGCUUCAAAGUUCGACGGACAGACUCCAGUGUAUUCAUCUGCCAGGAAAACGACUUUAUAAUGAUGAAAAUGGAGGAUAUCUACCAAAUGUUCAUGGUAAGUAGGUACCUCCCACUGAGUCGAAACAGGACACACGAAGAAGGCUAUGAGGCGAUCAAGCAGUUUAUGCUGAGACAGAUCAGAUUCUAUGCUGCCCAUGAUCUACAGAUGGCCCUGGAAAACAAUGUUCGAAAAGCGAAUCUGGUAAAACCGACUCUGAACGGUCCAGAGCUCAAAAAGUACAGACCAUACCACAUCUUCAAGGACCCAGUCUCCAUCAUAUAUUUCAAUCACGAGGAACAGAAAAGACUCAUGUGGGUAGAAGACAUUCACAAAUACUGUGAUGGGACUCUGAAGAUCAUUCAGACUAAGCUACAAGAGAUCAAAGAAAAUAUAGAUCCAAGACUUGCGGACGCCAGUGAGGAAGAGCUCCAAGUAUACGAGAAGGUGUGGACCAUCCUAAAGCCUAUCAACGAGCAACUUGAAAAGAGAAGAAUGCUGAGACAGUAUGAGCAUGCGCUAAAUUUCAGAAAGCAUUACUUCAGAUCUCAAAAAUAAAUGCAAGACGGCACUUGAUCACAAAGGGGGGAUUUAAAAUAUUAUUCACAUAUUCCGCAUAUUUAUGGUAUUGCAUUUGUUCUCGAUCCUCGUUUUAGACUUGGUUCUUUAGAAGAAUGUUUGAAUUAUUAUUAUGCUGCUUUUUUUGGUCCAUUGCCAAUGUAUGAGGACAACCCAAUUGAUCCGAAAAAAGAAUACAACGAGAAGAUGAUGAUUUUGACGUACUAAACUGGUGGAAGGGAAAAGAAAGAAUGUUCCCGGUUUUAGCAAAGAUGGCUAAGCAAGUGCUAUCAAUGCCGGUUUCAACGGUUGCCGUGGAACAAGAAUUUAGUUCGGCCGGCAAUGUUCUAACACAAACCAGAACGAGGUUGAGCGCUGAAUCUCUUGAGAUGCUUAUAUGCUACCACGAUUGGUUGAAAGCAGCACGUAGAGCUCAAGAAAUUGACAUCACUCCAUCCCAACACUUUAUGGAUGAAUCUACAAUAGAGGGUGGCUCUACCUAUGCCGGAGAUUCCGAUUAAAAACAAUUAUAGUUCCUAGUUAAUUUUCAAAUGUAGUUCCUAUUUCAUUUGAAAUAAAUGCACUUGAAGUUUGUUUUUUAAUACUUGUAUAAAACUAUAAAGUAUAAAAUAUUAAAUUAAAAAAAAAAAAUAU